AGAAAAGCCGAAUAAGGGGAAGACGGAAAAGGCGUUGAAAGUUAGAUUGAAAAUAGAAAUGGCGGGGCACUAAAGCACUGUAACAGUUAACAUAAAUCAACAGAAAAGGUAGUUGUGAUCGCCAACACGGAAAAGAGAAUAUUCGUUGCGCUAAAUUAAAGCAAAACAACUACAUCGUUAGCAAAUGCUUGGUUAGCAUUCAUGUUUGUAACAAUGGCAGCGUCGCUUUUAUGAACAGUUUUGUUUAUGCUAAGUCUUAAGCUUUUAAAGGGUGGCUAUUUCCACUGAAGACUUGAACUAUGACCGUUAAUGGGAAAGUUAUUCCUCACACCCCGCUAGCUGUGGAUUUCUGGUAUGUUCGGAAAUGUCCUGGAGCCCGGCUGUUUUUCCUGAGUCACAUGCACAGCGACCACACCGUGGGUCUGACCUCCACAUGGAGCAACCGGCCCAUCUUCUGCUCACCGACCACUGCCACUCUGCUCAAACUCAAACUGCAGGUGAAAGAAAAAUGGAUCCACCCUCUGGAGCUCAGUGAGCCACACCUGCUCCAUCUGGACGAAAUCAACAAAGAAAAGCUGUCUGUCACUCUGAUCGAUGCUAACCACUGUCCAGGAGCUGUUAUGUUUCUUUUUGAGGGCUACUUUGGCUCAAUCCUGUACACCGGCGACUUUAGAUACUCUACCCUGAUGCUGCGUGAGCUUUAUUUACACAUCAACAGAACUAUAGAUGUUCUGUACCUGGACAACACUAACUGUGACCCCAACCGCACCCUGCCGUCCAGACAGAUAGCCACGCAGCAAAUCAAAGAGAUCAUUCGCAGCCACCCCAACCACAAUGUGGUUAUAGGUGUGUAUGCUUUGGGUAAGGAGUCCCUCCUGUUGGAGCUGGCAAUGGAGUUUAAAACCUGGAUUGAGGUGAGUUUGGAGAGAAUGGAGACCCUGAAGGCUCUGGAGCUGCCCGACGUCUUCACCACUGAGCCGGGAGCCGGGCGUAUUCGAGUCGUGGAGCACUUUCAGGUUUCCUAUGAAAUGAUGCAGCAGUGGAACAGUGACCACCCUACUCUGGCCAUUUUACCUACCAGCAGGCCCCUGGUCUCCUUCUGCCCCCUCGUCCAUGUGGUGCCCUACUCGGACCACUCCUCCUACCAGGAGCUGGUGGACUUUGUUUCUGCCCUUAAGCCUUCCUCUGUCCGUCCAAUCGUUGGGAGCUAUCUACCGGGAAGUCUGUCUGUCUUACUGCCACAGAAAAAGCACCAUAAAAUCCUGGUGCCCGAGUCCGUCCGACUCUUCAUGUCAAGACAGCCUGAAAGGCAGCUGAGCUCGUUGGUGUACGCAGGUCGGUGGCACAGACACCACAGACCUCUGACUCCCAGAGGAGUGUUGUUCGAUUCUCCCGUGAGAGGGUUCAAGAUGCCACGUGAAGAUGGCUGGGACAUGGACAGUGAUGAUUCUGAGGAAGACAUGGACACAGAAAGUAGUGAAAGAGGCUCCUACUCUAUUCUUGUAGAUCGGAGUCUGAAACUCACCCCGAACAAAAACAGUCAUCCCACUCGAAAAAACACCAAGCACAGCUUACAACCCGUCAGUGCUGCGAGGCAGAGCUGUGAGUCGGAAGACAAAAUAAUAAACAGUCUUCACGUGGGACAUGGAGACGUCAGGGAUGACCUGAUGAUGUCACAUCAUAACAGUCCUGAAAGCCCCUCCUGUUCUUCAUCUACCAGCAGCAUUUUGGUCACGAGUGAUAACUUAGAGGAGCUUGAAAACCACCUCCUAAGCUGCCUCCCCUUCUCAGAGGAGGACCUUAAACCCAGAGGCAUCCUGUCUCAGAGCUUCAUCAGAAAGUUCAGCCUAGUUCCUUUGAAGGAUUGAGAAGAAGGCGAGUGAGUUUGGCAGUGAGCCAACAGUUUUGCUUCUUUUCACAGGCUUUUUUUGCAUUUUGCUGUCAGCAUAAGUAAUUAAAGUUACUGUUUUACUUA